UAUGAAAUAAUAUGCUUGGAAUAACAAUUUUCGACAAAUAAUUUUUGUUAUUUUUAUAAUUUCCCAAUAAGUAUAAUUUUGUAUAUGCUUAUAUAUAGUGUACUUAUAAAUAUAUAUACAUAUACAUAUACAUUUAUGUAAUAUUUAUACAGUUGAUUUUAAAGUAUUGUUUUAUUCUUGUUAUAGUGUGCUACUGAAUGAUACACAUAUUAUUAUAUUUGUUAGUGAAUUAAAAUGUUUUAAACUCAACAGAGUGCUGGUACAUAUUUAUGAUAGUAUAUCAACUGCUCUUUAGCCCAAUAAUGACAUGGUAACUGCUACCGAGCUUUUGAAUCUUCUCGAAACGGCCACUAACAACGGUUGGUGUGACCCAACUGUAUUAGCUGCAAUUCUUGUUCUAAUAUUAAUCAAGUGUAGACAAGAGUUAUCUGAAUGUAGCUCGUCAUCAUACUCAUCACAGCCGUCUAUCCAGUCGAUGGAACAAAAAUUACAUGUUGGCCAGCGUGAUGGUCAUACAAGGGAUGCGUUACUGGAAAAGGAGCUCGACUGGCUGGGAAAAGAAGAUCGUGGCCGGAGAUUGCGCGUGGACCGACAGACAUUCCACAAGCUGUUGUUUAAGUUGCACCCGUUUAUGACAAACGCUAAAAAUGGACAAAAGAUAAGUUCUGCCAGACGACUAACUGCAACGCUUAGAUUCCUGGCCACCAGUUCAACGUUGCAAGAAAUUAAAAUUGAUACUCACAUAUCACCACAAAUGUUGGCCAAAAUUAUUGUAGAAACUUGUGAAUGUAUUAUUGAAGCACUUGCAGAUUAUAUUAAGUGCCCCCAAAGUGAAGAAGAAUGGUUGCGUGUGUCGAUGACUUUUGAACGCACUACAAGAUUUCCAUCAUGUCUCGGUGCUGCUUGUGCUCGUCACAUUGAACUGCGAAAAGUUUCUAAAGCAGACUCUGAUUACCUGAAUGAACGACGUCGACCUAGUGUAUUGUUAUCAGCCAUGGUAGAUGCUAACUACGAGUUUCUUUUGGCAGAUACAUGUCCCAGUGGACAUUUAUCUGAAACCAACCCACCAAAUCGAAUACUAGAACGCAAAAUAUGUUCUGCAACAUUACCAUGUCGCACAGAUCCUAAUCAGUUACCUUAUGUGUUUGUGGGCGAUGACUCUUUUAAGUUACAGGAGAAUUUCAUGGUACCUUAUAGAGCAGUGAAUGAAAAAGGAGGCGAAGCCAACAAGUUAUAUAAUCGUCAACUAGUCAGAGCAAACCAGCGGGCAGCCAAGACACUGGCAAUUAUGGCUUGGAGGUUUGGGGUUCUACAGACCCCUGUCAACCUAGAAGCAAAAAAAGUACAGACCAUCGUCAAGGCAUGUUGUUACUUACAUAAUUUCUUCAAGCGUGAAAGUUUCCAUUAUAUUGAUAGCAACAUGGAAGCAGUUAUCAAGGCCGACAUGGCGCCAAUCGUGUGGGGUCCUAACACCACGGUUGUUCCGCAUUUCAAUAACUGUGAUACUGAUUCACAAUAUGUUAGAGACAGUUUUUCAAAAUACUUUUACACUCUUUUGAGAGCCAAGCAUUCAUAAAUUAUUAUUGUAUAACAGUGGUGUAGUCGAAGCAAAGGCGUAUGCUGUGUAUAACCCAACUGCCACUUUGCAUGUAGUUGUAACGAGAAUCAUGUACUCAGAAAAGUGGGUACACACAGUAUAUUCACUAAAACCUACACCACUGUAUUAGCUUGUAUGGACAGAAAAAAAACGUCUAUAAUGCAUAUUAAACAGACAUAUUUCUUGUUACUAGUUUGGUUCAUAUUUUACUAGACAUAAUGAAAUAUUAUACUAGUCCAUUUAUAAACAUGUUAGCGUGUUGCAAUAAAAUAUAAUUAAAGUUAUGCUGCGCGUUUUAUAAAAACACAUUUUGCCAAA